GUUAAAAUACAUAGAGUUAUGCAAACAGUGUGUGUAUAAAAAAGUGCAAACUAGUAAGAUAUCUAUCUAAGAUCUUCUAUCAAGAAAAUAUUAAAAAAUAUAUACUAAGCCCUACUAAAUUCUUAAAUAAAAUAACAAACAAAUGAAAAUCCAAAGAAACUUGUAUCAAAAAGUAUUCAACUUGGUUUUCGUGUAGUGCCUGUGUUAGUUUUAGCCCAAAGUUUCUGCUUGACUCGGUGUUGCUGUCGUGCUAAAGUCGCCGUUGCCUUCGGCUCGUCGCUUGCGAGGGCUAGUUGCCAGGAGGCAGUCGCCGUUCGUCCUUGCUGCGGUCUAGAGCCCAGGCCUUCGCUGCUAGCCAGGCUAGAUGCACCUCCUUUUGGGGCUGAAGUGUGCGUGCUAAUGGCCAUGUAAUGAGUGCGCCGCGCUAAUCGUUAUGCAAUCACAGUGGCUCGAUUCCCACUCGCAGUGAAAUGUCUCUCAAGCGUUAUGCAACUCUGCUGGCCUUCGGUCAAAGUCAGAAUCAAAAUCAGAACCAUAAUCAGAAUCAGAAUCAGAAUCACACUAUCCGGGCCACAACAAUAUCGGUGGCUUCCACAACGGAACCACCAUCGCCGUCUUCAUCAUCAUCGUCGUCAGCGUUUGGAAGUUUCGUCAGCGAGGAGGAGCAGCUGCAGUCCCAGGAGCAUGUCUCAUCCUCAUCCUCGAUUGUCACACACACCACCUACUACACCGGCGGAUUGGGGCAAUAUCACCAGCAGCGCGGUGGCUCCGGAUCCGUCAUCUCGGGCGUGGGUGGCGGCGGAGGACCUAGUGGACCCCAGACAUAUGCAAAUGUUGUCAACGGCAAUGUGAAUCUGCUGCUCGGCGGAGCAAUGCUUUCCCUGGUGACGACCAUAUUGUGUGUGGUCUGCUAUUGUUGCCAUCGGAACAUCAAAAAGCGAACGGAGGCCGCCUACAGGCAGCAGCAGCACCAGUGGCUCGAGGGCGAUCCCAACAUGGAAAUCUACAGCGUGGAGCAGUGCUACGAGACAUCCGGCCUGUUCCUGGGCGACUCCACCGAUGGCCUGUCCGCCGUGCCCGCCCUGCACCACGAACCACCGCCCUCGUACGACGCAGUGGUGCUGCACGAACAGCAGCUCCACCAGCAGCAGCUGGAGCAGCAGCAGCAGCAACAACUGCAGCUGCAACUGCAGCAACAGCAGCAGCUGCUGAUGCAACGCGUCUCGCCGCCGCCCGGAUACCGAUCCUCAUUGGACAUCAGCGGACACCAGCCGGGAACGAGCUUCGUUCGCGGCACACCGGAUGGCAGUGUGGAUGUGGUGGCCAGUGGCAGUGUUGCCGCACCAGGCGGAUCCGGAGGCCUGCUGGUCAACAAGCAGUUGCAACUGGCCCUAAAUGCCCAAUCCUGCUGCUCGCUGCAGCGGGCCGAGGUGGAGAGCAUGUGGAAUGCCGCUGCGGCGGCGGUGGCUGCACGGAGCGGAAAUUGCCUGGAAAUGGAGACGCUGCAGGUGCGUAAGCCGGCGCAGAACAUCAGAUUGAACACCUUCGGGCGGCGGUAUCUGCAGCAGAGCCAUCAGCACAGUGGAAACCACUACCGGCGUGGCUGUCCGCUGUGCGGCAAGUUCCGCUAUGAAGGCGAGGUUGAUGAUGAACCACUGACCGCUCUGUCCGUGGAGAGCGGUCUGAAUAUAGGUGGGCGGCGGGAGGAGGUGCCGUCUAUCUGCCCCUGCCCCAGCGACAUCGACAUCGACAACGGCAAUGGAAACCACAUUUCUGGGGACGAUCUGCAGGAUGAGGCCAAUGGCAAUUUUCUGGCACCCAAUAUCGAUGAGCUACCUCAAAAUGAUGUCGUGCUCUUUCCCAUAACCGCUGAAAAUGAUGAAAAUGACAACGCAGCAACAUCGGACACACCAUCAACAUCCGACACACCAGCCACAUCCCACAGCCACUCGGAGGAGGUUGAACUGGCCACGGGUCAGCAGGAGCAGCAGCAGCAGCAGCAGCAGGAAGAGCAGGACUUGGACAACAUCAACGAGAACGGCAUCAUCAGCCUGGACAUGAGCAAAAUCAUCGAUGGAUCGGGCCUGCCCACAUACGAGGGUGCCAUCAAACUGGAGUCCAGUGGUUAUGUGUGAGCCUAACGAGGAGUUCGCAUUAGUUGUACGGCUGCAAACCAAAACCGAAACCACAAUCGUGCUUUAACUAUGCUUAAGACGGGUUGAGAUUGGUGAAUUCAUGUUUGAUUACUGAGGAAUCCAAGGCAAAUUCAGUUCUUAAGCUAUAUCAGUGGUACUCAACCACCCAAGAAGAUGGCAAAGAUCUUUCUUCGGUAAACUAAGAAUAGCACACUUGAAGUAAGCGUUUUUGAGUUGAUGAAAAUAUCACGCUCUUAGUAAAGAGAAAUAACAUUUUAAGCAAAACGGAUAACAAUAAUUUUAACGUUUAAAUGUCUAGAGCUAAGCCAGUGCAUAUCCCUGUAAAUGUUCGUGUCGAUACUCGUAUCAAUAAAAUCAAAAGUUGUAAUUGAACGCAACAAGCGGUUUAAUAAGCAACCUCAAUCCGCAACCUUCGCCUCAUUACACACGAACAGUUUUUAGUUUAGAAUGCUCUGCUGGGCGCAAUCCGAUUGAUUUUGUAUUAAAAACGGGGGCGGGAAACGCACGAGAUGAUAAAGAACGAAACCAGAGCAAGGAAUGGCAUGCAAACAACUCGCCAAAGACAACGGCUAACAAGCGGCAAGAAAACAGAAACACCACCCACUCGGCACUCACCCCAUUUUCCCAUCCCUUUUCCAUUUUCCAC